GGUGUGCGUGAAGUCAUCGUUCGGCAAUAGCUUGUUAUUACACAGUUCCGUCAAAUGAUCCCGUCUAUAAAUCCCGUUUAAGAUAAAUCCCGAACAAAAUGCCACGUUAGGUAUUUAUGCACGUGGCAAGUUGUAAUGUAGUAAUGCAUAGCAGGAUUCAGUGACGGAAUUAACUAAAUACAUGGUUCGGGGGAGUUUUUGAGGAGCCUUGAGGAGGGGUUGGUUGUCGUCCGAGGUUAUAAAGGGUCCCAUCACAUCCAGUUACCUCUCGAUGUAAUUAUUCCUAGCAUCCAAAACCACACGGUAUUAUCCAUGUUACCAUGGAGCCUCUCAUUGUCUUUUCCCGAAAACAGCUCGCCGAAAAUCCGUUGCAAUCCCUAAUCAUUACGAGUCUUCUUACAGUGCUACUUUACCUUGUAGGAAAUGAAAUCCUACGUAGUCGCUCACGAAUCGCCGGAUUAAAGGGACCAAGAGGCCUUCCAUUUUUCGGGAAUCUACUGGACAUACGGUCCAAUGCUGCCUUAAAGUAUCAGGAAUGGGCCAAAGAAUAUGGAGAUGUCUAUCAGGUGCAGUUAGGGGAUAGUACUGUUGUGGUUGUCAACAGUGCAGCAACGGCAAAGGAAUUGUUCAUAUCAAAUUCGCAAGCCUUAAGUUCUCGGCCAAUAGGUUAUACAUUUCACAAGGUGGCAUCCAGUACAGCCGGCUUCACAAUUGGCUCGUCGCCAUAUGAUGAUAGCUUAAAGCGAAAGAAGAAGGCAGCCGCAGUAGCUCUGAACCGUCCCGCUAUCAAGACGUAUGUUCCGUAUCUUGAUCUGGAGACAAAGGCGUUUAUACAAGAUCUGUUCAACUACGGCAAAGCCGGCGCAGUUGCGGUGGAUCCGCUUCCGUUUGUUCAACGGGUAAGCCUAUCAUUGAUGACAACAAUCAAUUGGGGUGUCCAGAUCACUUCUAUUGAGGAUGAAUUGUUUCGAGAAAUUGUAUCGGUCGAAGAAGGUCUCAACAAGACCAGGUCUACUGUUGGCAAUACUCAAGACCAUAUUCCUCUCCUACGCCUCAACCCCUUGAACCAGACAUCUGCGACCGCUCGACAAUUGCGACAGCGUCGAGAUAGAUAUCUUUCCAAGCUUAACGGGGACCUUGCGGAAAAAGUAGCCAACGGUACUAAUAAACCAUGCAUCCAGGCGAGCGUGAUCAAGUAUAAAGAGGCUCAGCUCAGCGACACCGAGUUGGUUGCUUUCAGCUUGUCUGUUCUAGGAGGGGGGUUCGAGACUGUGUCAACCACUGUUCAAUGGUCAAUUGCUUAUUUCGCAGAACAUCCAGAGAUCCAGGAUAAAGCGUAUGAGGAGAUUCAGCAAUUCCAGGGAUCUAAUGAGCCUUUGUGCGAUGCUGCAGACGACCAGAAAUGUGCUUAUGUACUAGCACUGACGAAAGAAGCUCAUCGGUAUUUCUCUGUCAUUCCGCUUGCGCUACCAAGAGCAUCAAUCAGAGACAUUGAAUACAAUGGUACCUUAAUACCGACUGGGAGCACCGUUUACAUGAAUGCAUGGGCCUGCAACCAUGACCCCGAGUUGUGGUCAGAGCCCGACAGGUUUAUACCUGAACGUUGGUUAGAGAAACCCGAUGCCCCUUUAUUUACGUUCGGUCUAGGAUACCGUAUGUGCGCAGCUCAUAUCCUUGCUACUCGCGAGGUGUAUAUCAUAUUUAUGAGGCUUCUAAGUAGCUUUCGCUUCGUAGCCUCGGGUGAUAUAAAACGCCGCCCUAGCGUUGACAUGGUUAAUCCAAAGGAUUUAAUCAUGGUUCCUAAACCGUACCGUGUGUUUUGUGUGCCUAGGGAUGAGGGAAAGCUCAGGACAGCUUUGGAGAAAUCUGAUUAGGGGAACAAUUUAUAUAUCACCACGAAUCUAUUGGACACUUGGUUAAAAUGCACGUCAGGACAUAUACAGAAGUUCCAGAGCUAUCUAUUUGAUGCAAAUACAGUUUACUAAAUCAUAAUUACUUAGUAUUGUACCAUAUAUGCAUCGGUAGUUGAAUAAGGACACAAAUCGAGUUCAUGUUCUUCGCAGCUCAAAAAGGGGGUUGGGCCAUUCUUCAAGCCAUAAGAUAGCCGAUUGUUAUCUAUGUAUAUUUAAGCCAACGCAUAGAAGGUCAAAUCAGAAGUUUAGCCC